GUGUUUUAUUUCCGAGGAAGCAUUCCCUUCGACUUGGGAGGUGUCGAUAUCGCUUCGUGGCUUCAUCGGAGGAAAGGGCCAAGUCACGUUCAACGGUUCGGGAGCUUCGGGUGUGAAUUUUACCUCCUGGCGACCAACUUGAAACAGGAACCCAGAAGUUGCCCCAAAGAGAUGACUUCUUAUAGUAAUUACCCGCUUAGAGUCAGUAUCUCUUCUGGAGUCCCGAUACACCAUGUCCCAGCGGUCUUAUGAGGUGGUCGAAGGAUUUUUCAUGCAAGAAGGUGGCGCUCGUUACGGUCUAGGCGAGGUACUUCCUCCUCGAUUCGGGCUGAUAGAUCGUUCCGAUGGUCGAUGGAAGACGUUCAGGCAAAAGAUCGGUCAGCUUAAUACGUCCUCUCCCGCCAGUACGCAGUACAAGGUGUUUUUCGUGGGCAGACACGGUGAAGGCUUUCACAACGUAGCCGAGGCGAAGUACGGCACAGAGGAAUGGAACAACUAUUGGUCGAAGGAAAACGGCGAUGGAGAAUUGAUCUGGGGACCGGACCCGGAAUUGACGACGCUUGGCAAGGAUCAGGCAAAAGCGGUCCAUGACGCAUGGAAGCAAGAACGUAAAUUCGGCAUUCCCAUUCCGGAGAAGCUCUACUGCAGCCCUCUGACACGAGCUAUCCAUACAAACAAGAUAUCAUUCGACUCCAUUAUACCUCAAUCACAGCGAACUAUGAUUAUCGAGAAUCUUAGAGAAACAACGGGCGUCCAUACCUGUGAUAAGCGAAGAACGCGCACUUACAUCGAACAAACUUUCCCUGACUUCGACAUCGAAAAGGAGCUCAUAGAAGAAGACACACUCUGGGACCCUGAAGUGAGGGAAACCCACGCAGAAAUCGAUGCCCGAAUGAGACGCGUACUGGACAUGAUUUUUGGUAAGGACCAGGAACAAUUCAUCUCGUUCACUGCCCAUGGGGGCAUCGUUAGCGCAGUGCUGCGGGUCAUGAACCACAGACAAUACAUUUUACCAACCGGAGGGGUUAUACCGAUCGUUGUUAAGUCGUCUAUUUCUUAGAAUUACUUAAAGAACUCUUUGUUCGAUACGUUGGGGAUGUUACACAGUAGUCGGAGAAGCGGUGGAACCCUGACAUCGCCUUUGUCCUGCUAGAUCUGAAACGCAUUGUUUACAAGCUUACGUGUAUAUUUAAAUCGUGCGAGCUUCCACGUGUGACUCCAU